UCAUUUUCAAGCAUUCAGAAUAUUGAAGACGCAAGAGAAAAAAAUUGAAGUGAGAGAGCGCAAAAAUGAGUUGUUCGAGAAGAGCUUGGGUUGUAGCAGCCAGUGUUGGAGUGGUGGAGGCCUUGAAAGAUCAAGGGAUUUGCCGGUGGAAUCAUACCAUUAGAUCGCUUCAACAGUACGCUAAAAACCAUGUUAGAUCGGUUUCUCAGGCUAGGAAGCUUUCUUCUCCGUCGGCUACGGCGGUUUCCGAUCAGAAGUGGAAGCAAUCGGAGGAAUCUUUGAGAACUGUCAUGUACUUGAGCUGUUGGGGGCCCAAUAACUGACCCACAUCAGUUGUUUUUUGACGCAGAUCAUAGUUCUUAUCACAUAUGUAUUUGUACAAACCAAAACCAACUCAUAUCAAUGGAAGAGUUUUUAUCACAUUUC